GUUUCAACAAAACCUGACGAAAUCGUAUAUUCGUUCGUCACCUCAACGCGCCAUGCACAGUCGCGAACCAACUCGUGGUGGCGUCAUCAUCGUCAUGCCUUGUUGCCACCACGACGAAUGACCAUUCACUCUCUGUGCUACUUCCAACAUUCCAACCACGAACAGACACACACACACGCCCACACACACACGCACACGCAACCACAGCCACACCACACCCUCCCGACGUCCAUUCAAUCAGCGUGCGCAACAGAGCACACACGCUACACCAGCAAAGCCAUUCAUUCACAUCACAUCGACAUAACGGUUCCCGUUGCCGUUAUUACAUUACGUGGCAGUCGUUGCACGCUUCUCGCCGACUGUUUGGGUCGCUUGUCGAACCCUCUCUUUCUCUUUCCCACCACACACGCACAGACACACACACACACAGACACACAGACACACACAGAUAGACACACACACAGACACACACAGACGGACACACACACACACACACACGCACAGACACACGCAGACAGACACUACGAUGCUGCGGAAGUUUGACACGGCGAGUGAAGCCGAGAACCACACGGAGCAGGCGCACCCAGCCUCUACAACAACACACGUGAGUACAAAGGAUACGGCAACAACACCAAGAUUGCAGGAGCAAAGGGCUGCUGCAGAGGCGGAUUUGACGAAGAACACCAACCAACCACAACAAGGUGUGUGGCGACAGCGGUCCACCAUCUUGGAUGAAGCAGCCACCACGACCACCACCGACAGCAUCCUCCCAGCAAGCAACAGCAGCAACGCCACAACCAGCGUCCAAGCCACGGUGUCGUCCACGUCCACGUGUUCCUCGUCUUCCACCGCGUCAUCGUCAGCAACAUCAAAAGUUGGCGACAAGCCGCGCAAACCGCGGUUUCUGGCCAGGGUGAAGCAGGGCAUGUCCCGGUUCGUGUCGUUUCGCAGCGGCAGCGAUGAUGACUCCUCCUCCUCUUCUGGUCUGUCGUCGUCGACAACGAAGACAAAGGGAGGCAAGACGAAAGCGCGGGAGAUUCGCGUCAUCCCGGGCUCGCCCAUGCUCAAGUAUGACUGGUCCAAGCGCCGGUCCACCAACGCGCAUCUCACCCGGGAAGAGCAGACGCGACAGGAGACCCGUCUCAAGUCACAGACCCCGUACAUGGCAAAGAUGGCGCAUCGCUACCAAAAUGUCUUUGAAUGUUACAGCAGGUAUGUCACGGACGACGAAUCAGACGUGGCGAGCCUGCGCCGACACACGUGUCCGCCUGCAUCGAGCCGUCGACCAGAGGCCGCGGACCUUCAUGACACAGCGAAGCGCGUGCGUGAGCGCUUUCGCUUUCGCAGCCAGACAGAUGCCGGCGUUGUUGUGGCCCCGCCGUCCCGCCGCAGCGCGUCAACCUCUGCAGCCAACCCAAGCCAUGGCAGUGACAUCAGGACGAGCGCGACGAGUGUUCUCAAGUUGAGCCCCAGCAACAAGGCCCCUGCUGGCCCUGCCGCCGGCGACGAUGCUGACGAUGAGGGUGAAGGUGAGGGUGAAGGCGAUGACGUGUUUGAUGGUGACUCAACGCCACGGAGCACACCGGUACCGCCGCCUACACAGUCCACACCUGCAGUCGCAACACCACCAGUGGCAGUGUCUCCCACGCCCAGGGCCGAAGCACCGACGACAGCUGGCGGUGGCCGCUGGAGCGUGUGCGAUCCUUCCUCUGGCGCGGCCGAGCGCCACGCACAGGCGGAGGGACAGGCCAGCGAUAAGGGGGCGCCAGGCAACAGGCAGCGGCCUGUGAGUGCGUUUAUGCCUGGGCGUCGACCGUCCUACCAUCCUUGGCCCGAGGACUGGGAUCCUACCAUUUGCAAGGAUGCAAUGGGCAGGCGAGGGUAUUCCAACGUCGCCCCGCCAAGCAUCACCCGCAAGUGACGCUGUGUGUGUGUGUGUGUGUGUCUGUGUGUCUGUGUGUCUAUGUGUCUAUGUGUCUGUGUGUCUGUGUGUGUGUGUGUCUGUGUCUGUGUCUGUGUCUGUGUCUGUGUUUGCAUGACCUAGGACAGGUUGUUACAUCAUAUUGAUUGGUUUGUGUCUGAGGCUCGAUUGCUCUGCGCUGUUGCGCUGUUGUGCUUUGUGAUGUGCAUAACCGAUGGCCACGCUUCCGAUGUUUGCAUGCAUGCGAUUGGCGCUUGUUUGAUAAAUGACGAGGUAGACUUG